AUGUCCUGGAGUGUGUAUCCGGCCUGCAAAAAAUCCGAAUAUCAGUGUGACGAGGGACAGUGUAUUAGCAUAAGUAAAUUCUGCAACGGUAUCCAAGAUUGCGAAGACGGAAGUGACGAAUAUAAAACCUGCUCACCAUGUAACCUGACAUACUACGGCGAAGUAGGGACAACAUACGAAAUUGAAGUCAAACGGCCCACAGAAGUCCAGAUUCCUUUCCUUUGUUAUCUAAAUUUCACAGCAGGUGGUAGUAUUCUAGGAGAAUUAGUACAGUUAAGUUUCGAAUCGUUCUCGGUCGGAACGUUCGAAUCGUUCACCUCCGGUGGAUGUCCGGAUGGUUUCAUAUCGAUAAGGGAAUCAAAUCGACCGAGCUCUGGCGGCAAAUGGUGCGGAAGUGCUUGGGGUUAUACGGUCUAUUACAGCGAGACAUCGAGUUUGAAUCUAACACUAUCUCUGGAUAGGUUGCCUCAACAGCAGAGUUCCGGGUACAGCUUUGAAUUCAAACUCUCCUACAAAUUCUUGAAAUUGAGUGACGCUCGUAUCCGGUAUGGGAAUGCCACUCAAAGAUCGUACAGAGGCAAGUUAAGCAGUGGCUCAUACUGCGACCGACUGCUGGAAGGCUGCUCCAGAAGGUUGUGCCGCAUCCAGUCCCCCAACUACCCGGGGAUAUAUCCCAGGAACGUCAGCUGCCACUACAGAGUUCGGGAGCGGAACGUUCCCCCGGGAAAGCACGCCCUAAUUGCCGUCAGGCAAGCCAAUUUUCAUUACAAGGAGCAUGUGAGCAAGUUUGAUAACAGCGACAGGGUCUUGAGAAUAUGGGAUCAGUGCAAUAUGAUGCAAGAUUUCAUCGAAAUACUGGAUGGUUGGGGCCCCUCGGCCACAACUUUGGCGCAUUUGUGUAGUGGUGAAACGAUUCCGGAAAUUAUUAGCAGCGGGCCGGAACUACUAGUGAAGUUCCAUACUUCGCCCUACGGCAAUCCUUUUCACCCUCUGCCGUUGUCCUAUUUGCCUGGUUUUGAACUAGAAAUAGAGAUCUUCUAUGUCAACAAAGAAUCUCCAACCUACAUAGAACACGGGAAGAAAUGCGAAUUUCUAGUAACUACUUUCGAUAAU